AUGAAUCCUAAUUAUCUUGACUAAGAAUACAAUUUGACAGACUUAGAGGAAUUUCUAAAUGAAUAGACUUAAUUAAACAAUCAUGCUUUCUCUAGUAACAAAAUAAGGGAAUCUAUGCCUUAGAAUAAUAUUAUAAAUGAGUAAUCCUCAAAUACCUUGUUGUUACUUAAAGGUUUGACAGAAAGUAAAGAGAGAAGUCCUAAAAUGCACUAAUAAAAUGAUAUUCCGAGAUUGAUGAAAAAUUUUGAAGAAUGUCUCAUUGAUAAUAACAAAAUUAGAGUCAACUAAGUUUGUGAUUUUGAAGAGAUGUAAGAAUUAAUCGAAUAAGUAACAUGUACUUAUUGUAAAAAAAUAGCUGAAAAUCCAAAAUGUUGCUAAGUAUGUAACCAAAUUUACUGCUUUGAUUGCGCAUUAAGGUAAAUCUUAAAAAAACAAAAUAAGGGAUGCAUGAAUUGUAAAAGUAAUAAGAAUGAAGGAUUCUUAGAUUGUUCUAUUUAAAUAGAGAUGAUAUUUGAUUUAUUCACUAUUUAGUGUUCUAAUAAAGGCUGCAUGAGAAAAUUCUAAUAUACCUAAAAAGAAAAGCAUAUGAGCAGAUGCAAAUUCAGAACAAUCUUAUGCACAAAUAAAACAAGUAAUGAAUGCCACAAGUUAUGUAAUAAACUUGUCUAAUACUGUGAUUUAGAGAAACACAUAAGAAGACACCACAUCUAAGAAACUCAUGUAUGA